UUCCACACCUUGCUGCAGACCGCCAGGUUGUUUUUAUAAUAAGCGCCUAAUUUAUAAUAAAUUGGCUAGCUAAGGCAGUUAGUUCACGAUUAGCACCACAGCAUAGGGUAGAAUAUUACUCGGUCACCACCCGUUCAGUGAGUGGUACGCUCUGUUCGGUCGACGGCGGUAGCGGAAAUUGGAUCAUAACCACGUAGGUAGUUAACAGAAUUAUCUGUAGUUUACUAUUUGAUAGUAGUACUUUUAUUUCUAACACAUUUUUUUCCGAUUGCGAGGAAGUACGUGAACUUCCACGAGAUUGUGAAUAGAACUGUUUACCGUGUUAGAAAAACUACAUUGACUACGAGCACUGGUCAGUUGGCCACUGUAUGUUCAUUUAAUAUUUUUUUGGCAUGUUCUUAUUUGGUAUCUACUUCGGAGUUCAGAUCGGAAACUAUAUGCAAUAACAGGAAUCGAAUGGACAUAUACAGAGGUAAUCUAAAUCGGAGCUACUAACAAGUACAGGUUUUACCUUUGUACGCCAUUUUGAGUCCGUGUCUUGAAAGACCAAACUAGACUGAAACAUAAGCUCUGCGAACACGCAAAAACAUUACCUUGUUAAACAUGAAACUAAAGGAACUGGAAAGCUGCCUUCAACAAGUGGACGCUUUUGAGGAACCAAAGCUUUUCCUCGAACAGUAUCCAACCAGCCCUCAUAUUGCAGCAUGUAUGAUUUAUACGAUUCACAAUACAUUUGAUGACAUUGAGAAUAAAUUGGUGGCAGACCUGGGCUGUGGAUGUGGGGUUCUGAGCAUUGGGGCUGCAAUGCUAGAUGCUGGAUUAUGUGUUGGGUUUGACAUUGAUGACGAUGCAUUGGCUACAUUCAAAAUGAACACAGAAGAAUUAGAACUUACAAACACUGACAUCAUACAAUGUGAUGUGUGUAACUUGGAGCCAGCUGCAUUGACAAAGAGAUUUGACACGGUCAUAAUGAAUCCUCCCUUUGGAACGAAACACAACAAAGGUAUGGAUAUGCUGUUCCUUAAGACUGCACUAAAUAUGGCAAGGACAUCAGUUUACUCUCUUCACAAAACAGCAACACGAGAGCACAUACAGAAGAAGGCCAGUGACUGGAAAGUGAAAAUGGAAGUAGUAGCAGCAGAGCUGAGAUAUGACUUGCCAGCAUCAUACAAGUUCCAUAAGAAGAAAUCAGUUGACAUUGAAGUGGACUUCAUGCGAUUCUCCAUUUCAUGAAGCCACAGCAGGAAUGCAUUCAAGCUGAUUUUGUAAUGUACCCACUGCAAAUAAAAGUUAAAAAACAUUGA